AUGAGCGUCCGUCGCGCCGGGGCUCACGGCGGAGUCGCCUCGACCACGGUCGGAGCCCGGCUCCCCGCGGGCCGGGGGGCGAGGGGCCGGGCGGCUCUCGCCAGCGGCGUCCAGGUGGGAGCGCGGGGGGGUCCCGGGGACGCGGAGAUUCCUCGGGCGCACGGGGAGAGACCCCCGGCGACUCCGGCGAGGCGGGCGGGAGUGGAGAGUUCGGAGCCGGGGACGCGGGGCUUGGGCCGGGCUCUGGGAAGCGGAGCGGAGCUCGGCUUCGCCACCCUGCCGGGCGACUUGCUCCGGUCUCGGCAGAAGACCCAGGACUCGGACAUCCCAGGGUCAAGAUUUACGCGGAGCAUCAGCCUCCACAACAUCCCCCUGCACAGCCAAAUGGAGUACAGACAGUCUUCGAGCUGGGGGAGUUCCAACUCCAUCAGCCCUGGUUCAUUUGCAACAACUGGAGGGAGAGGGCAGGACACGAGAAUGAACAAUGACAUCGAUGCCAUCAAGGUGGAGCUUGCCAAGGCUGAAGCAAUGCUCGGGAGCAUGAACCAGCCAAGCGCGGUCAAGUCAACCUACACAUCAGAGUCCUCCUCGAGUAAUGGGAGGCCGGAUGCAUUCAUAGAGGAGGAGUUGAAGAAGGUUGGGUCGCUGCUGCAGAAGAAUAGUAGCUCAUCAGAAACGUUUUCAUCGUUUGGCUCGAGCCACCCGUCUUCAUCCAACGGCUCAGCGCUCGGCUCGAGCUUCGCCUCCGGCAGCUUCCAACCCAAUGCAGCCGGAAAACCAGCGAGCAGCAGCUCCUACUCCUAUGAGUACCAGGGCGGCGCAGCCUCUAAACCGGCAGGAUCCACCUACUCCUUCGAGCAUCAGAGCAGCGCGUCCGCUAAACCGGCAAGCACCAUGUACUCGAGCGAGUACCAGAGUAGCGCAGCAGGGAGACCAGUAAGCAGUACCUACUCCAGCGAGUUCAAUAGCAGCUCAGCUGGAGCAGGCCCAGUGAACAGCUAUUCCAGCGUUGAAUAUCAAAGCGGCACGUCCGCCAAACCAAUGAGCAGCACGUACUCUCGCGAGUUCCAGAGCAGCACAGCAGCGAGACCAGUAAGCAGUACCUACUCCAGCGAGUUCAAUAGCAGCUCAGCAGGAGCAGGCCCAGCGAACAGCUAUUCCAGCGUUGAAUAUCAAAGCGGCACGUCCGCCAAACCAAUGAGCACCACGUACUCCAGCGAGUUCCAGAGCAGCACAGCAGCGAGACCAGUAAGCAGUACCUACUCCAGCGAGUUCAAUAGCAGCGCAGCAGGAGCAGGCCCAGUGAACAGCUAUUCCAGCGUUGAUUAUCAAAGCGGCACGUCCGCCAAACCAAUGAGCACCACGUACUCCAGCGAGUUCAAUAGCAGCUCAGCGGCAGGCCCAGCGAGCCGUGCCUACUCCAGCGAGUAUCAAGGCAGUGGAGGCAGCGCAGGCGCCCUGAAGCUUCCGUCCAGCCAGAAUGCGGAGUCAUUCAACUGCGGCCUACAGCAGCAAGUGCAGCAGAGCAGCAGGGCUGAGAUGUCCCAGUCAAGCCAACAGCAGCUCCUAAACAAGCAGAAGGAGAUCGAGGCGGAGAUGGAGCGACUUUAUUCUGCUGUGAAGAUGAUGGAAGGCGGCUUUCCUCGUGACUCAAUUAUCGUGACGCCCGUCCAAACCAGUGGCAGCAGCAGCGGCAGCAGCACCUCCUGGGAACCGAAUAUUUCGGUGACUUCCAGCUCCUCUCACUCUUUGCAGUCACUGCCGGAGGAACGGAAAGAAGACCUGGAGGAAAUGAAACCCAAGGCCGUGAGCUGGGCUGAUCUCAAAGCCACUGGGGAAUUGGAGUCAGUCACCAGAGAGGAGAUUGUGGAGAGUGCCAUGACCAAAACGACCGCCAUGCCAGUUGGACUCUGGGACUUCACACUGCCGCCCGCCUACAGGCCUUCGAACACGUCUGGCAGCAGCGGGAGUGCACAGGCGGAGGGGCAGCAUGCGAGCGAGGCCUCGGUGCAGGCCACCUCGUCGGGGGCGCUCAAUGCCGGCCGUUCGUGGGCAACGUCGAGCGGCUCGACGAAGCUCGACGCCUUCGGAGACGCUGACCUGACCGCGGUCGGCGAUGGCUCGCACGGGGCCAAGUCCGAAUGCUGCGGGAGGGUUCAAGCAGAGGCAGCGGCCCUGCGGGAGAAGGUGCAGGGCAUGGACGAGCUGCUCAAGUCACAGUCCCGUAAGAUGAUGGUGCUGCAUAAGCAGCUGGAUGAGAAGGAGCAGGAGAGCGUGGAACUUCGGGCUCAGCUGCAAAAGCUGCAGGCGCAGUCCUCAUCGUGGAGUUCUGGCCACUCCACAUCCAUGCGGAGGAUGUCGGCUGGGGGCAGCACAGACUACCCGCUGCUGAGACUCGCGGGCACACGUAGCUCCACCCGGCAGUGAAAGAAGUGGUGGUGGUGGUGGGGGAGCGUCACUCGUCAAGACGCACCAACGUCCAGCGUGUCACUCACUGCAUGGCACCUUCCACUCACUGCAUGGCACCUUCCACGACAGGGAAAUCGCGCAGCCACUGUUUACUAUAACUCACGUUGGAUGGCACAAAGCUGCAGAUGGAAUUUCCUUCAUUAAGCAAAACGCCUUUUUUUAGCAGCGCUGCAUAAAUAUUACUUUUAUCUGCCAUCGUGCGGUGUCAUUUGUACCACGCGUAUUCUACGUGUGGGUAUAUCAGUGCAGUAUUAUUCAUGACCUUCACAUCAUUACCGCUUUAAAAACUAGAGUCCGGGGGAUUAAAUAAUGCACUCUUGGUUGCCGCUGUCUUCUAAAAGUGUAGCUUCUGAGGAGUAAGUGGCAUCAAACGGCAAUUCGCACGCUUCUCUACGCUGCUGUCGUGUGCUGGUGGGUGGAUAAAGUAAGAUUGAGUGCACGACCACCUGAUCCCACAGCCAUGCCAGAUGGAAUAGGGCCUCUCUGCUUGGAUCCUAACAGGUCUGUAAAAUGUGGUGAAUAUUCAGGGGAAAUUAAAUGUUUAUAUAAACGCCAGUUAUGUGUUUUCGCGGCUUUUGCAUACAAAUGAUUUGCAUGAUGUGAGAGCUAAUUAAAGGGAUGUAGAGUACAUACAAAGAGUAAAAACCUUACAGAAUGGCCAGUGUCAUGUUAGACAUGAGUUCAUAUCAUAAUGUGCAUGUGAUAGUGCAUGGGUGGGUGAGAGCAAUAGGUCACGGUCAUCAGUAUGUUUUACUUUAGAAAAAUAAGCAAUCUUUAAGAAUUCUCACUUUUUAUUUGUUAAGUAACCAGAUAAAUACAGUGUUUUAAACUGAAAUGCAUUUGCAGUUAUUGCAGGCAAUGUGUGGGUUUGGCAGUGUACCACUCCACAUGAUUGAUGCCUUUUAAUAAUUUCCAGUUGCCAAAAGAAUACCUGAUGUGGCCGUGCUAGUUUAUUAUGGGCCUGAGAACGAUAUUGAUAUUUGGGAGGUGAAUAGACAUGGGCCAGUAAUAUUUGAGGGCCCACAAGGGUUUUGGGGAGGGGCACAAUGUACGUCUUGUUAUCUCUGUUGACCACUUCCCACAAUUUCCCUAAGUGCCUGGAUUCCAUUGCCCAGCAAAUGAGCGUAUGACCCAUUUUUCCCUGCACUGCACCGUAAACCAUGGGCAAUGUGAGAAGGUUUGCGAUGUCGACUUUCAAGCGCGUGUCUUGCCCCUUGCAUUAUCCACUGGGUGGUUGCACGAAUACAACUGUUGAAUAAUGCAGGCUCGGUGGAUUUACAUCUGCCCAAUAAAAAAACAACUUCUG